AUGAUAUCUUCCAUUCCUUCCAAUAAUACUCCAUCAUCAGGAGUUGAACCUAUCACAACAACAACAUCUUCCAUGAGUUUAGAGUUCAAUCCAAUUAUUGCUUCCUCUCAUAACAACACUUCUAGGACACAAUCAUCCCCACAACAACCACCUUCUUCACCUCUCUCCGCUGCUAUUGAUAGCAAUGAUAAAACAACAACAACAACCGACCCUAUCAAUUCGAACGAGUUGUCUGAAUUACUACUAGGUAUCUACAUGAGGAAUGCAAUACAAAGUAGUGUAAAGAGGAAAGUAGAAGAGAUUGCCAUGGACAAGACAACAGCCAAUGCCCUGAGUUUUCACUACAAGAAAAGGCAAGGAUUAGUGAGGACUGAUCUUGAGAAGAAGAGUAUCAACAACACGAAUGGUGGUGCUCUUGAUGGCAUGGUAUCUACAACAACAACAACAACAAUACCAUUAUUGAUUCAAGAGAGCAUCUCUAAUGACCAUUCUAUCGUGAGUACACUGAAUGCACCUUCUACCAAUCUUUUCUGUGCUUCCUCAAUCCAUGAUCUUACAACAACAACCGUUAUCGAGAAGAACACUUCAUCCAACACCACCUCUAUGCUUGACAAUAGUAGAGGCAAUCAUGAUAACUCUACUUCAGUAUCGGAUGACAAAAAAGUACCAAUGGCUUUUUCAACCAUGACCAACACGGACAACAACGAAACUGAUAGCGAAACAGAGGCAGAGAAAUUCACACGAACAUUUAUGGAAGAUUAUGUGAAUGAUGAUUUAAUUGUGAAUAAGGAUGAAGAAGCAAAUAUAGUUCCUGUAAAUGUUAAAGACUAUGUCAUGGACCACUUUAGAAAAACAAUAUUAUUGGAAUGGGACAAUUACAAAAGAUCCACUCAGUUUAAAUAUGAAUGGAUAGAAACACGUAUUAAGCAUCUACAGCAAGAAUAUAAUUAUAUUUUAGACUUGUUGCAAGAAAAGCAUAGUUUAAUACAUUCGAAUUCUGACCAGAGUAGUGAUAAUAUUUCUGAAACAUUCAAUGGAGAUACAUUUAAACCAAGUACAUUACUACAAGAAACUUUGCUUUCUCCAGCUAAGAGAAGAAAUGAUUUUAUGCAACAUCCAUUUUUUAGCAGUUUUGAAGAGUUUUUUAAUAGAGAAUUAGAACACUUUAGACAAUUGAAAGAAAAACAAUCCGACUUGGCAACUAUUUCAUCUCAUUGGCUAUCUGCAGCAGCUGGUGGUGCAUCCUCUGUGGUGAGACAACAAGUCGCUUCUGAUACAAACACAAUGGUUGAUGAAAGUGUCACAAGUGCUGUUGCUCCUCCUUCUGAUAUGACCACAACGACCAUGCCAACAACGACUAUGCCAACAACGACUACUGCUGCUCCUACCAUGAUGACUAGUAGUAGUAACAAACCACAAGCAGCAGCAACAACAACAACCACACAACUACACUCAUCCAUGAGUGCACUCUCACCAACAGCAUCAUCUCUCUCCAUUAUCACUCUAAAUUUAAAUUGUCAUCCUGGAUCAUCAUUACCCCUUACUUCUCCUCAAACUAGUAAGAUUAUGUAUCCAUUGCCAUAUAUUACCUCUGCUGAUAUUUUGGACUCUUUGCAAUUAAUCUACAAUCCAAACACAUCCUAUUCCAACUAUCCUUUACCUAGAAGAACAUAUCCACUAUCCUUUUCUAACAUUAUGAAUCAAUACAAUAAGAAGAAGAAAAGAGUAGGAUCUUCGAGAAGAUCAACUUCUAUUCGAUCUGUUGCUGGUUUCCGUAGAAGUAGAGGUGCUGAGGAUAACCCAACUGAAGAUAUUGUUAUUUUUGAUACUGGUGUUUCAAAUAUUAAGGAUAUCAAAUAUAAGGAAAUUGUAACACCAUCGUUUAGAGUUUUGACAAAUGAAGAAUUAUCUCAAUUACCAACAAUUAAUGAAACAGAAGAAGAGGAAGACAUUUCAGAUGCUAGAUAUUGUUAUUUACAUAUUGAUAAUGAAAUGCAAGAAAGACAAAAGUAUUAUCUGGCAUCACUUCCCACAACCGAUAAAAAGAAGAAGAAGAGUCAAGCAGACGAAGAAGAAGAAAUUCGAAAGACUAUGAAAUAUCAAGUUCCAAGUUAUGAAACCAUUGUAGAGGCUUUUGAAUCGUUCAAAUCCAAGCGCAGUGAAGAACAGUCCUCAACCACCACCACCACUGAAAUUUGUCAUCCGAAACCACCCGUUCACAAAUUUUCUGAGAAUUUCACGUAUCUAGUUCCAAAAGAUCAAAUGGUGAGUGGUAGUACGAGCAGCAGUACAUGUGCUACUCCAACUUCCUCAAAAACAACCCUAAUGAAUGCCAAAUUAGCCUAUACUUCUCAAUCAUCCACCACGAGUUUGACAUCUCCUCAAAAGAAACAAAAAGAUAAAAAGACAGCAGAUCAGAGCGUGAUACCAAGAUGGAAAUUAAUUACACUUGAAUCCUAUGUUCCUUAUCCAAUCGCUCCAUGUGAAGAUCCGAGGGGUAAUUGGGAAGAAUUGAAAUUUAAGAGUAGAGAGAGAAUGCAAAGUUUAUCACUUUCUGUGGAUACUCCAAUAUUGAAUCCAACAACAACAACAACCAUGACUCUACCAUCCGUAGAGGACGAUAUUUCAAGAAAAAGAGGUGUUGGACAAUCAUCUCUUUUAGAAGAAGAUGAAGUAAUGAUUGAAACCAAUGAUUAUGACUUGGCAUCCAAUACAUUGAACACUGAGACAACGCUUCGAACUUAUGCAUCUCUUAAUCAAUCGAACAGUGCAAAUAGAAAACGCAAAAAGCCACCCACUUCCAUCGAUGAUGAUACUCUUAUUGCACUCUCUGAAGAUGACGAAGAUGAUGUUGAUUAUAGAGAUUCUCUGAGAAAAAAGUCUUUGAAUCGUGACAGUGAUGAAGAUGCAGAUGAUGAAGAUUACAUUGAAAGUAGAGACAGAAAGAAAAACAAAUCAAGUACAACAGGUUCUGGUUACACCUCUUCUCAUUCAAGAGGAAAGAAGAGAGGACCAGGAAGGCCUAAGAGUACAGAAACCACAGAGUGCACUGCAACAAGUUUUGUUGCUGAUCGAAUUUAUGACACCAAGAUUGUACUCAAGUUAAAUGGAGGAGGUAGUGUGGACACCUCUUCCAAAGAAAAGAAGCAGUCCAGUAGUAGUAGUAAUGGAAAGAAUAAGAAACAUCACAAAUAA